AUGGUGAAGGAGCAGUUUAGAGAGACGGACGUUGCCAAGAAAAUAAGCCACAUUUGCUUCGGCAUGAAAUCCGCUGAUCAAAUGCGUCAGCAAGCCCAUAUUCAGGUGGUCAGUAAGAAUCUGUACAGCCAGGAUACCAAACACUCGCCAUUGUCUUAUGGAGUGUUGGACCACCGUAUGGGGACCAGCGAGAAAGACCGACCGUGUUUAACAUGUGGGAAGAAUCUGGCUGAUUGUUUGGGACACUAUGGUUACCUGGAUCUGGAACUGCCGUGUUUUCAUGUUGGCUACUUUAAAGCUAUAAUUGGAAUUUUACAGAUGAUUUGCAAAACAUGCUCAAGCAUCAUGCUGACCAAAGAAGAAAAGAUGCAGUUCAUGGAGAUGUUGAAACGGCCCAACCUCCCCUACCUCCAGAAACGAGGCCUGAAGAAGAAGAUCUCUGAUAAAUGCCGCAAAAAAACCAUUUGUGUCAAUUGUUCAGCAUUUAACGGAACGGUAAAGAAGUGUGGCCUGUUGAAGAUCAUCCAUGAGAAGUACAAAACUACAAAGAAAGUGAUAGAACCGUUUGUGUCAGAGUUCCUGCAAUCCUUUGACACGGCCCUCGAGCACAACAAACUCAUGGAGCCGCUUCUGCCUCGUGCGCAGGAAAACCUUAACCCUCUGGUGGUGCUCAACAUCUUCAAGCGUAUCUCGCAAGAGGACAUACCGCUGCUGCUGAUGAACCCCGAAGCGGGGAAACCGGCCGACCUCAUCCUCACCCGCCUGCUCGUUCCCCCGCUGUGCAUCCGACCUUCGGUGGUCAGCGACCUCAAGUCGGGCACCAACGAGGACGACCUCACCAUGAAGCUCACUGAGAUCAUCUUUCUCAACGACGUCAUCAAAAAGCAUCGCAUGACUGGUGCCAAGACACAGAUGAUCAUGGAGGACUGGGACUUCCUCCAGCUGCAGUGCGCGCUGUACAUCAACAGCGAGCUUUCUGGCAUCCCGCUCAACAUGGCGCCCAAGAAAUGGACAAGAGGCUUUGUGCAAAGACUCAAGGGAAAGCAAGGUCGAUUCAGAGGAAACCUGUCAGGCAAAAGAGUGGACUUUUCCGGCAGAACUGUCAUCUCUCCUGACCCAAAUCUAAGGAUUGACGAAGUGGCCGUACCUGUGCAUGUUGCCAAAAUCCUGACAUAUCCUGAGAGGGUAAACAAAGCCAACCUGGAGCUUAUGAGAAAACUAGUUCGCAACGGUCCGGACGUUCACCCUGGCGCUAAUUUUAUAGAGAAUCGGAAAAACAAAAUAAAAAGGUUCUUGAAAUACGGCAACCGAGAGAAGUCUGCUCAGGAACUGCGCUUUGGCGACGUGGUGGAGAGACACAUGAUAGAUGGAGACAUCGUCCUUUUCAAUCGACAGCCCUCACUACAUAAGCUCAGCAUCAUGGCUCACAUUGCCAGAGUCAAGCCUCACAGGACUUUCCGUUUCAACGAAUGUGUGUGCACGCCGUACAACGCUGACUUUGACGGCGACGAAAUGAAUCUCCACCUACCUCAGACCGAAGAGGCCAAAGCUGAGGCUCUCAUCCUAAUGGGGACAAAAGCAAAUCUGGUGACACCGAGAAAUGGCGAGCCGCUAAUUGCUGCUAUUCAAGAUUUUCUAACAGCGGGUUACCUCCUGACACUGAAGGACACCUUUUUUGACCGAUCCAAAGCCUGUCAAAUCGUGGCAUCCAUCCUUGUUGGGAAGGACGAAAAGGUCAAAAUUGCACUUCCCCGCCCGUCUAUUAUGAAGCCCAUGGCUUUAUGGACGGGCAAGCAGAUUUUUAGCCUCAUUCUGAAGCCCAGCAAAGAAUGCCCCGUCAAGGCUAACCUGCGGACCAAGGGCAAACAGUACUGCGGUAAAGGCGAAGACUUGUGCUACAAUGACUCAUUCGUGGUAAUCCACAACAGUGAGCUGAUGUGUGGCAGCAUGGACAAAAGCACCUUGGGCUCAGGCUCUAAAAACAACAUCUUCUACAUCCUGCUGAGAGAUUGGGGACAGCUCGAGGCAGCCAACGCCAUGUCCCGCCUCGCACGACUCGCCCCAGUGUAUCUUUCUAACCGAGGCUUUUCAAUUGGUAUUGGGGACGUCACGCCUGGCCAGGGAUUGCUAAAGGCCAAGCAGGACCUGCUAGAUGAAGGCUACCACAAAUGUGACGAAUACAUUGAGGCCCUGCAGACAGGCAAGCUGCAGCAGCAGCCCGGAUGCACAGCUGAGGAGACUCUCGAGGCACUCAUCCUGAGAGAGCUAUCUGUCAUCAGAGACCGGGCGGGCAGCGCCUGUCUCAGGGAGCUGGACAAGAGCAACAGUCCUUUGAUUAUGGCUCUGUGCGGCUCCAAAGGAUCUUUCAUUAAUAUCUCUCAGAUGAUUGCAUGCGUAGGCCAGCAGGCCAUAAGUGGAUCUCGGGUACCUGAUGGCUUUGAAAAUCGUUCCCUGCCUCACUUUGAAAAGCACUCCAAAUUGCCUGCGGCAAAAGGGUUCGUGGCCGACAGCUUCUACUCUGGCCUUACGCCUACAGAGUUCUUUUUCCACACAAUGGCCGGCCGUGAGGGCUUGGUUGACACCGCUGUGAAAACAGCAGAGACUGGUUACAUGCAGCGGCGUUUGGUAAAGUCCCUGGAGGAUCUCUGCUCCCAAUAUGACCUCACUGUGCGAAGCUCCACUGGCGACAUCAUCCAAUUUAUCUAUGGCGGCGACGGUCUGGAUCCCGCUGACAUGGAAGGCAAGGACGAACCGCUGGAGUUCAAGAGGGUCCUAGACAACAUUCGGGCGGUCCAUCAAUGUUCAGAUGAGCCCACGCUCAGCCAGGGCGAGCUGGUUCUGACUUCAGAUGCUAUCAUGAAGAAAGCUGACUUUUUGUGCUGCAGAGACAGCUUCUUGGAGGAAAUUAAAAAAUUCAUCAAGGGCGUAUCUGAGAGGAUCAAGAAGACCAGAGAUAAGUACGGCAUCAACGACAACGGUACCAGCGAGCCCAAAGUCCUUUAUCAGCUGGACCGUAUAACCCCCACGCAGCUAAACAAGUUUUUGGAAACCUGCAGGGACAAAUAUAUGAGAGCGCAAAUGGAACCUGGCUCAGCAGUGGGAGCUCUUUGCGCCCAGAGUAUUGGAGAACCAGGCACUCAGAUGACCUUGAAGACCUUCCACUUUGCCGGUGUGGCAUCCAUGAACAUCACCCUUGGCGUGCCUCGCAUCAAGGAGAUCAUCAAUGCCUCCAAGAACAUCAGUACCCCGAUCAUCACAGCCCAUUUAGACGUCGAGGAUGACUCUGACUUUGCCCGACUGGUAAAGGGGAGAAUCGAGAAAACGCUCCUCGGCGAGAUUUCUGAGUACAUCGAAGAGGUUUUUCUACCUGAUGACUGUUUUAUCUUGGUCAAAUUGUCCCUGGAGCGAAUAAGGCUGCUGCGAUUAGAGGUGAACGCCGAGACUGUGCGUUACUCCAUCUGCAUGUCAAAGCUGCGGGUGAAGCCCGGAGAUAUCGCUGUGCACGGCGAAGCAGUGGUGUGCGUGUCACCGAGGGAAAACAACAAAAGCUCGAUGUACUAUGUGAUGCAGUCGCUGAAGGCAGAGCUUCCAAAGGUGGUGGUUCAGGGUAUACCUCAAGUGGCCCGGGCUGUCAUUCACAUCGAUGAGCAGAGCGGCAAGAACAAAUACAAAUUGCUGGUGGAGGGUGACAACCUACGAGCUGUCAUGGCAACCCAUGGCGUGAAUGGAAGCAGGACUACUUCCAAUAACACCUACGAGGUGGAGAAGACGUUGGGUAUUGAGGCGGCCAGGUCCACAAUCAUCAAUGAGAUUCAGUACACAAUGGUCAACCACGGGAUGAGUAUCGACCGGCGCCACGUUAUGCUUCUCGCUGACCUCAUGUCUUACAAGGGGGAGAUUCUUGGAAUCACUAGGUUCGGUUUGGCCAAAAUGAAGGAGAGCGUCCUUAUGCUGGCGUCCUUUGAGAAAACAGCCGACCACCUCUUUGAUGCCGCCUACUUCGGUCAGAAGGACUCUGUCUGCGGCGUGUCUGAGUGCAUCAUCAUGGGCAUUCCAAUGAAUAUCGGCACAGGCUUAUUUAAACUGCUGCACAAGACGGAAAGGGACCCUUCCCUGGCGAAAAGGCCACUGCUGUUUGACAAUCCCGACUUUCAUAUUCCUCUCUUCACGUAA